AUGAGUCUAGCCACGCCGACCCUCUCCCACGCUCUUGUCCUCAUCUUCGCCAUCAGCUUCUCUAUCACAGCAGCCUACAACAUCAUGAAUAUUCUGAUUGUGGAUUUGUACUACAGUACACCCGCCACAGCCAUGGCGGCGAAUAACCUGGUGCGGUGCUUUCUAGGAGCAGCAGCAACAGGACUAGUGCAUCCAGCCAUGGUACGCUGGGGAACUGGAUGGACGUACGGGAUGGUGGGAGGAAUGGUUGGGGCUGUAGUGUGUCCGCUGUUAGGGUGGGUGUAUGUGAAGGGGAUGGAAUGGAGAUGUGCAGAUGAGAGAUAUAGACCGGUAGCAGAAGAGUGA